AUGAUUAAAUUUCUGCAAUUGAACCUAAAUCGAUGCGAAGCUGCCCAAGACCUUUUAUCCCAAACAGCUUUGGAAUUAAAGACAGAUGUACUCAUAAUUAGUGAGUUUUACAAAUCAAAAGAAACCUCCAAAUGGGUACAAGAUACUACUGCAAAGGCUGCCAUUUGGCUAGGACAGGACAUAGUGUUUGAACCAACAGUAUUGAUACAAAAAGAAGGUCUAGUACUUGUCAGAAUCCGGGGUAUCUAUGUGUGCAGCUGUUACAUAUCCCCAAAUAUCUCCCAAGAGAGAUUUGAAGAGUUUCUUGAUAGGCUAUCAGGAACAAUCAGAAACAAAACUCCCAUCAUUGUUGCAGGGGAUUUCAAUGCUUGGGCAGUCGAAUGGGGCAGUAGUAAUACAACGCGCCGAGGUAGAGCCCUAUUAGAAACGUUUACCUCACUAAACCUAAUACAACUGAACAAUGGGCAUAGCCCAACGUUCGAUAAUGGUAGAGGCGUUUCCUACAUAGAUCUCACCUUUGCCAGCCCGUCAUUAGUAAGGGGUUCGCAAUGGAAUGUAACAAACCACUACACCCACAGCGACCAUCAUGCAAUUCUUUUUUCCUUAUCGCUAAAAGAGAAGUUUGUUUUGAAAAAAUCGCAGAGAAAAGCACAGCAAAUAGGCUGGAAAACUAAGUAUCUUGACACAGAGAUAAUGGAAUUCAUGACCGAAAACAUGAGUUUCGGAGUCGGGGAUGCUUUUGAAAAAUCAAAUCACCUUAUGAAGGAAUUAUGCAACGUCUGUGAUGCAUCAAUGCCAAGAAAAGGCAGAGGUAAUGGGCGCCCAUCAAACUAUUGGUGGACGGAAGAAAUAGCUUUACUAAGAUCUCAGUGCUUUGCCUCCCGUAGGCAAUUCCAACGUCACAGAUCUGGAGUAGAUGCGGAAAGGCUUCUACAAAAAUACCGAGAGAACAGAUCUAAACUUAAAAAGGCAAUUAUUAGGAGUAAGAAUCAAGCUUUUCAAACUCUGAUCAAUGAUGUAGAACAAAAUGUCUGGGGCGAUGGCUACAAAAUAGUAAUGCGUAAAUUUAAGAGGUUAAGAGGCUCGUACCUUCAUGUCCUAAAAUAA